UCCAAGUAAAGUGGCUUCUUCUUCUCUGGUAGUCAUGCAGCGUGCUAGCGAGGAUGAUGAGACCACCCCACUCUCCGGUGACCGGCCAUUCUUCACCGCCGUCAUGUGCAAGACGCACGUCCAGAAGCCCUAUCUGCUGAUCAUCCCGACCCACUUCCAGCGCCGGCUGCCGGCAAGGCGCGCGGCGGUGGUGCUCCGGUGCCGCGGGAGCUCGUGGAUCAUGAGCUACUGCGGUGACACCAAGCUGAAGAGGCUCGACCAGGGCUGGGAGCACUUCGCCGUCCACAACCGGCUGCAGGUCGGCGAUGCGUGUGUGUUCGAGCUGGUGUCCGGGUAUGCUGGAGAUGGCGGCAAAAGGGAGGUGGUGCUGGAGGUGCAGGUGCUUCGACGCGGUGGCCUGCCGGAGCCCGAGGAUCUCGCCACCAAAGGAGACACCGCCGACGAGGCCAUCAUCAUCUUGGACUAGUCAUCGAUAGUGAGAGCUGGCUGCACUUGUUGCUGGUGUAUGUAGAUUCAUUCAAUGUACGCGUGUCUUGUUUGUAAGACAUCGACCACCAUAUUAUUAUUAGCUUGCAUUUCA